AUGCGACCAGCGUUCCCUCCGCCGGUGCACCCGCCGACGGGCCUCUUCGCGCCGACGCUGCGACCUCCGGCGCCCGAGGAGCCCACGACGAAGCGGCCGUACGUCAUGGAAGACCGCCAUCUGAGCAAGAUGCUCUGGGGCGCUGCGGACGACGAGGACGACGAGGCGACGGUCGCGAUCCAGCCCUGGCGCAUGGGCACGCCCCGCCUCAAGACGAUGGACGUCGCGCUCGUUCUCUGCCUCAACAUUGGCACCGACCCGCCCGACAUCGCCAAGCCGACGCCCUGCGCGCGCAAGGAGUGCUGGGUCGAGCCCUUCUCGAUGCCGGCGCUGAAGGCCCUCGAAACCAUCGGCAAGACGCUGCAGUCGCAGUACGAGCGCUGGCAGCCGCGCGCGCGGUACCGGCAGUCGCUGGACCCGACCGUCGACGAGAUCAAGCAGCUCUGCGUCUCGUUGCGGCGCCACGCCAAGCACGACCGCGUCCUCUUCCACUACAACGGCCAUGGCGUGCCCCGCCCGACGCCCAACGGCGAGAUCUGGGUCUUCAACAAGAGCUACACGCAGUACAUCCCGCUGCUCGUGUACGAGCUGCAGGCGUGGGUCGGCACGCCGUCCGUCUAUGUCUUUGACUGCUCGGCCGCCGGCACGCUGCUCCAGCACUUUAGCACGGCCACGGACGCGUUCGUGCUCGCGGCCUGCGGUCCCGAUGAGAUCCUCCCGAUGCACCCCGACAUGUGCGCGGACGUCUUUACCAGCUGCCUCACGACACCGAUCACAGUCGCCCUCCGCUGGUUCCUCUCGCAGAACGAGCGUAGCAUGGGCCAUUUGGAGCCGAGCGUGAUCGACCGCAUCCCAGGCAAGCUCACGGACCGCAAGACGCCGCUGGGCGAGCUCAACUGGAUCUUCACGGCCAUCACGGACACGAUCGCGUGGAACCUCCUUCCCGCGCCGCUCUUUCAAACGCUCUUUCGCCAAGACCUCCUCGUCGCGUCGCUCUUCCGCAACUUUUUGCUGGCCGAGCGCAUCAUGACGACGCUCGGGUGCACGCCGUGCUCGCUGCCCGCACUGCCCUCGACGGCCCACCACCCGCUGUGGCGCAGCUGGGACCUCGCGGCCGAGACGUGCCUCUCGCAGCUCCAGGCCGUGCUCUCGCCGCCAAGUAUUCCGCAAGAGAUUACGUUCCACCACUCGCGCUUCUUUGCCGAGCAGCUCAUGGCGUUCGAAGUCUGGCUCGCGUUUGGCUCGAAAUCCAAGCCGCCGCCGCAGCAGCUGCCGAUCAUUCUGCAAAUGCUGCUCAACCAAGCGCUGCGCGUGCGCGCGCUCGUGCUCUUGACGCAGUUCUUCGACCUUGGCCCGCACGCUGUGAACCUCACCUUGUCAGUCGGCAUCUUCCCGUACGUCGAGCGCCUUCUGCAGUCGCCCGCGCCCGAACUCCGCCACGUGCUUGUGUUUGUCUGGGCCAAAAUUGUCGCGUUGGACAUGUCGUGCCAAGCCGACUUGGUCAAGAUCGACGGCCAGCAGUACUUUCUGAACCACCUCAUGACACCGCUUCUGCCGCCUGACCAGAAGGCCAUGACGCUCUUUGUGCUCUCGGUGCUCUGCCACGAGUACGCGACGGGGCAGCAGGCGUGUCUCCAGAACGGCCUCCUCAAGCGCGUCACCUUGUUCUUGGCCGACCCGCACCCGCACGUCCGCCAGUGGGCGUGCUUGGCGCUGGGCAAAGCCUGGGAGGCAUUCGAGCCGGCGAAAGCGUCGGCUCUCGAAGACAAGGUCCACUUGCACUUGCACAAGGUCGCGCAAACCGACGCAGCGCCGGAAGUGCGCGCAUCGGCCGUCUUUGCGCUCGGCACGCUCCUCGGCCACCACCCGUCGCUGGAUCUGCCCAUCGCAAGCGACUGCCUCGUGCCAGCGCUCUCGGACGCGUCGCCGCUCGUGCGCAAGGAAACGAUUCUGGCGCUCGCGCACCUCGUGCUCCACCCGCACUACCAGCCGCCCUUUGAACACCUCGCCCAGCACACGCGCAAGACGGACGCCGUGCCAGACGCCAUCGCGGGGCUGGGGCCCCAGGCGCCACACUACACCAAGGUGUGGCACGCACUCAAGGAGAUGCAGCAGCACGACCCGUUCACGCCGCUGCGGCCGCUCGUCAAGAUGAUCGUGUCGCGCGUCAACACGGGCGCCCUCGGGCACACGCUCUCUCCGUCGCACGGCCGACUGCACCGUGACAACUCACUCCCGAGCAUGGCAACGGCCAACGGCCGCGUCGUCGCCGGUCGCCCGCCCAAGCCCAGCGUCCUCGCUUCCCAACACUCGUCCUUGGGUAACUUUGGCGGUCUCGAGACGCCCGUGCCCGAGGUCCACCGGCUUCCGGAUGCGCUCGUGAGCUCUUUGUACCGCUGGGCGUGCGCCAAGUUCAACCGGCCGCUCCUCGAGUCGGUCGACAGCCAUGAGGACGACGAGCUCGACCCACUGAGCGCCCAAGGUGCUGUUCGGCUCGAGCGGCAGCGCCGGAACGCCCGCUGGAAGCUCCUCGCGUCGCAGCUCCGAGUCGAAAAGGAAGAGCAGCUCGCAGGGUACUCGCUCAACUUGCGCCAGAGCGCACUUCUCAACACGGACUCGGACAUGACGUCGCUCCUCGUGUUCCACCCGUACGCGAGCUUGCUCGUCGUGGCCGACGCGACCGACCAGUUGAGUGUGUGGAACGUCGACAACAGCGAGCGCUGCCACUCGUUUGCGAAUCUGAACCCGCGCGGGUCGCGUCUCACGGCCGUCGGGUGGAUCAACGAGGACGACCGCGCGCUGCUCUACUGCGCGUCCGACGACGGCGUCGUCAAGCUCUACCACGACGUCGAGACCAAGCCGCAGCUCGCGCUCGCCUUUACGGCCGUGCCGGACCUUGUCCCGGGCACGCGAGGGUCGGGUCUGGUGACGGCGUGGCAGCAGCAAGCCGGCUUGCUCUUCGCCGCCGGCAACUCGAGCGUCGUGCGCGGCUGGGACCUCCAGCAGGAGCGCUGCGUCUACCAAGCGCCGACGCAGACCGACUCGUGUGUGACGACCAUGGCGACCGACGAGGCCAUUGGGGGACUUGUCGUGGCCGGCUGCGGCGACGGCACGCUGCGUCUCUACGACCCGCGCGCCAAGUCGGACGUCAAGGCCAUUUUGCGCGAGCACACGUCGUGGAUCGUGGGGACGCAUUUGUACGCGACCAAGUACGAGUUGCUCUCGGGCAGCGUCACGGGCGAGCUCAAGUUUUGGGAUUUGCGCCACCAAAAGGUGAGCGUCAAGACGCUCGAGGCGCACCGGUCGCCGAUGACGGCGCUCAGCGUCCACAACUACGCGCCGCUCUUUGCGAGUGGGUCGCACAAUCAAUUUAUCAAGGUGUUUCGCCACGACGGCGAGCAAAUGGCGCUCAUCCGGUACCACGAAGGCUUUCUUGGCGAGCGCAUCGGCCCGGUGUCGUGCCUCGCGUUCCACCCGCACCGCCUCCUCCUCGCGGCCGGCGCUACCGACUCGCUCGUCGCCCUCUACUCGGCCGACAAGUCGUAA